UAAACAAUUUAUUGGUGCCACUCACAAUAAUAAAGAUUAAGAAAACUCAAAAACUAAAGCAAACAAUCAAGUGCUGAAAACAAUUUCAAACAUAAUCCAAUACCAAAUUAAGUUUAAAUAAAAAAUCUUUCUCGACUUACAAAAUUUCUCCAUUUAACAUGUUUCUACAAAUUAAUACAAGAUACAAAUUAAUACUAAUUCUAAUACGACAAAAACUUAUUUUUGUAUUAAGACAAAUAUUGCCAAUAGUUGCGGUUAACCGGAAAAUAUUCAUUUUAUUAGUUUUAUUUGAGAACAUUUUAAAUUGUCUGUCUAAUGAGGAUUUGUGGUGUGAUCCUCAGUUAUGUGGUAAUUCAACAACAGUUCGUCAUAUUGCCUGUGAGAAUGAUGGUAGUUUCAAUAGGCGUUGCUCUUCCGAUGCCACCGAUAUUGAUAUCACCAACUUCAAACAAUUAUUUCUGGACGAACACAAUAAACGAAGAAAUUUAAUUGCUUCGGGUCAAUUAACCGGCUAUGAACCAGCCGCAAGAAUGGCUACAGUAUUAUGGGAUGAUGAACUGGAAUAUUUAGGAGUUCUUAAUUUACACACUUGUAAAUUGGAUCAUGAUGACUGUAAUCACACCAAAAGAUAUCGCAGUGUCGGACAAAACUUAUGUGCCAUCUCAAGACUAAAGUCAGAUGAGGUCAAUAUAACGAUUCUUAUAGAUGAAGCCGUUUCAUUGUGGUUUAAUGAAUACAAAGUGAUUGAUAAAUCCUAUGUUAAAGCGUUUAAGGGAACCGGCAAUUUUGAAUCGUAUGGUCACUUUGCAGAAAUGAUUGUUGAACGUGUUUCAAAGAUUGGCUGUGCGAUCAUGCGUUUUACUCGUCCAGAUUAUCCCCAACUUCAUAUCUUUCAUGUGGUGUGUAAUUAUUCGUCAGCAUAUGCUCAGGAUGCUCCGCUGUAUAGAACAGGUGAUCCAGGCAGGGAUUGCAAAACUGGUAAAAAUCCUCGUUUCCCCGCAUUGUGUUCCGAAAAGGAGAAGUUUGAUCCUAAUUAUAAGUAACAAAGUUAAUCAAAGGAUUUACAAACUUUUUUAGUCUAAGGAUCCAUCGAAAUAUCUUAUAAGAAGCUAGUGGAAGUAAAAUUUGUUUAUUAAAAGCCUCUAUAAAGCACGUUUUUAUUACAGUACAAGCUGAUAUUUAAUAAAUUGUGUAAAGUUGUUUGUCCACAACUAUUAUAAUAUAAGAAAGUCAGCGAUCGUUAAAGUCAACUAAGCUAUUUUUCUGUAAUUCCCACCGUAAACUUUAUUGCCCAUAAUCAAAUUACAUAUAUGAUCUUCAAAACUUUUACUUUUAGGCCAAUAUAAGUAUUUUAUACAUUCCUUUUUAUCUUCUUUACAAAACAUAAUAAAA